GUUUUCGAUAAAAGUAAUCCUUUAGAAUUCGUCGAGAUGUUUUUUGACGAUGAAGUUUAUGAACUGCUACGCUCAAGUGCAGAAAAGAAUGCGAUUGCCAAAUCACAAAUGAAUUUCAGAGUUACAACUGAAGAAGUAAAGAAUUUUAUAGGUAUUUUACUCUUAUCGGGUUAUAAUACUGUCUCACGAUACAGAUUAUACUGUGACUAUAGUAUAGAUACUCAUCAUGCAGGAGUUGCCUCGCGCAUGACUCGUAACCGGUUCGAAGAACCGCUACGUUACUUCCACGCAAGUGGCAAUGGCAAUAUUUCUCCUGAUGAUAAAUAUGAUGAAUACCAGAUGGCUUAAGUUUUUUCCUGGAGACAAAUAUUUAUCUAUAGAUGAAUCGAUG